GUGUUCUGUGAACGCCACGAAGAAAAUCUACCAUUUUUACGAAUCCAAAAAAAUUUGAAAGUUAUUUUAUUAUAGAAUGCGCUAAAUAUUCAAUGUUUAUAAUAUUAAAACAACACAUGUUCCUUUAUUUACAUUAUUGUGUAUUGGAUUGGAAGCCAUCCACAAAAAAGAAAAUUCAUCUAUCAAGGGUGAAAAAACGAUAAGACCAGAGACAGAGGUUGUCUCUGGAUAAGACAUUCUCUAAACGACAGUGCUCCAGUUAAACGAAUACACUAUGUGUUCCCUUCAGCCAAAAUCAGCAGCCAAUGCAGACAUAAUGCAUUUUUCCCCUAGUACUUGGGAUAAGCAAUAUGAAUGUGGAGAAUUUACAGUUUGUAGAGGGACUGCCGAAUUUGACGAACUAGAGAACGACCUGCUGAGAGCAAUCAACAAUGCCAAAAGUCUGAAAAAUUUGACCAGGAUUCAGAAUGUCUACGAUUUUGGUCAGUUCCUGAUGAGAUCUCAGAUUGUUGUAUUCACUAAGUCACCAUUGUACAAGGUGAGGAGAUAUGUUGCUAUAUCCAAUUCUCAGAAAUCUAUAGCAUUGAAACACAAUUUGGAUCAUCGGAGAUUGGGUACGAGUGAAAUUGAAUAUUGCAGUCAUCUUUCUAAUGUUAACAGGAAUUCAUUGAUAUUCGUUGUGAGAAUACUAUCCCAUGAUAGUGAGGAGAGAAGAAUUGUACCAUAUAAUUUUACAGAAUAUUAUAUAGAAUAUGUUGCGGAAAUGGAGUACUAUUGAGUCAUUUUCAUGCACGUAUGUUAUUCUAGACAAUUUCAUGCACAUGUGUUACUCUUGACAAUUUCAUUUUGUUAUUUUAGUAUUUACUUGUCCCUGUUUUUAUAAAUUUACGUGAAGCUAUAGUCCUUAUUCUUAUUAAAUAUAUGUAUCAAACUAUACAAAGUAUUAAUAUAUUUUUAGUGCAGAAUUUUUCAUAUCGUUGAUUUUAUUUUGUGUGGUUUAGUAGUAUUAUUUUGUUUUUAUAACUUUCAUUCACUUUUAUUACUAUUAUUAGACUACUUAUGUGUAAGUAUCGAAGGUAUUUACAAAUAAACUUUUUUGUUUA